AUGCGCGGUAUCCUCCCUGGGCGACCCCAGGCUAAGCUCCAAGCUGUCGCUCAUGGCCUGUGGGAAGGCCUCCAGAUAAUCGUUUACAUCUCCGGUAACGCGCUGAUCAUCCUCGAUCGACCCAACCACGUCCUCCAAACCAUCUACAUCGACGAGGAAUUCGAGCUAGAGGCAGUCGCGAUCGACGAAGGCACCGGCAAGCUCGCGGCAUGUUCGACGCGACACAUAUACAUAUACCGGCCAUACGGGCAGGAUGAAGGCGCGAUCAAGUGGUCGCAACAGGGCAGCACGUCCCUGUCUGACGCCGAUGAUACGAUAACGACCCUUUCAUGGGGCAUGCCAGAUGAAUUGCUCGUCGGCAGCGCAUCCCUCACCCUCUUCAACACGCACAGCGACAUCGAACGGAUUUGGACAAAGCAGCUAGCGAACCCCGUCAAGUUUGCCCACUUCUCGCCCGAUGCCGAGUUGAUAGCUUCGACAGGCAAGUACGACCGCCUCCUCAAGAUAUGGCGACGCACAUCCUUCGGUUCGGCCGAUCAGAGCUUCGACUACUUCUACCUCCCACACCCCAAGGCCAUCACAGGCUUGCAUUGGCGGCACCCGUACCACAAAGACCAGUCCACGGACAACGUACUAUACACAAUAUGCGCGGACCAGAAGGUGCGAGUCUGGGUACCGGGCGAGCAUCACGGCGUAGAUGGCAUGCACAUGUGGGCUGAGGUGGACCUUGUCGAGUCGAUAAUGUCACGGCAUGUGCCACUGGAGCAACAGUCGAAGAAGCGAUAUGCCUUUUUCAUCGACGGCAAGCACUUCACACACGCGACGGAAAGAGCGAUGCAACAGGCCUCGGCAGAAGAGAAAGACCACGGCAUCGCGCUGCAUCACCUAAUAGAAGUCGCGAAUCGCAACCCGGAGAUAUGCGUUGUACUGGAUGAUAGAGGCAACAUGUCUGCGUGGGGUUUUGAGAACGUAGGUGCAAAACAGAAGAAAGUCACCGACGUCUUCAACAUUGCGCAUGUCGAUGGACUUCAUUUACACUUCGCAAAGGAACCGAAACCCAUUGAGGACAAUGUACAAUUCUACGCGUUUAUCGGCGACAAACCGGACUCCGAGUUGAUCCUGCUAUCACAUCACUUUGACGGGCGAAUCGAGUGGCUAGAGUCGCGCAUCGACUAUUUGUUCGACCCUUCUUCACAGCCACAGCGCAUUUCGCGCAAGGCUAUGUGGACCGGACACUCGCAUGCCAUCAAGAAGGUCAACCGCACAGCCAGUGGAAGAGCAUUGGUAUCGCGGACCACGACAGAUGAAUGCAUUGUGUGGCUACAGCGGCAGAGUGAUCAGGGCAUGACGUUACAUCGACACUGCAGCGUCAACGUGACGGAGCACAUACAUCGUACUGCUCUCUUACAAGAGGGUAACUUCAUUGUCUUCCUACAUCAUGACGAGAUCUCGCUUUGGGAUACCCGUGGCCAUGAAGCCGUUGAGAUGACACGGCUCGCAUACAAACUCCAGGGUAAACCUCUGUGUCUGCUAGUGAUACCAGAGGUCGAAGUUGGCGGACAGCGCAUACACAUCGCCACCAUCAGUGCCGAGAUGAAAGGUAUCUGCUGGGAGGUCAUACUGCCAAAACCGGAGCGAGAUGCACUUGUGGGUGAGGAACAGCCCGCCAUCGCGCACACCAAUGGCUAUACCAACGGUCAUUCAGAGAUUACGCUCAAGGAGUUCUCCACAUUCAACCUUGGAUCUGGCGACGACCUUGCUUUUGUACUGCCUGUAGAUCCCGCUGGUACAGCACCCGUAAUCUCGGGUUUUCUUGACACCUUUGCGCGAGACAUAGCCAUCUCAUACACAAAAUCCGGAAUCAUCAAAUCCUGGACUGCGCGUGUCAACAUCGAAGAUCGAAAACUGGACUGGCUGUUGACUUCGGAGGUCGAGACUGGCGUCAAGAACCCAUCACUUGCUAGUGGCACGUCGAUACGUAAGGCUGCGUUGGCCGAUGCUGAUCGAACUACGCUCACUAUAUGGAAUACCCGAAGCGCUCAGUUGGAACAUGAAGAGACAUUCGAAGGCAGCGGAAUCAUCCAGGAUCUCGACUGGUCUUCUACUCCAGACAACCAGUCCAUACUUGCUGUUGGCUUUCCCCACCGUGUCGUCAUCUACGCCCAGCUGCGAUACGAUUACCUCAACGCCGGUCCAUCUUGGGUACAGAUCAGUGACGUGCGCAUUCGCGACAUCACGCCACAUCCGAUCGGCGAUUCGGUAUGGCUAAGCAGUGGAAAUCUGGUCAUUGGUGCAGGCAACCAGCUCUUCAUUCAAGAUGAGCAUGUUCAGGUGUCCGAAGGUCUGUUCCCUAGCUUAUGUACCAUCUCACGGAAGACGGCAUCUAUCGACAUCUUCGAUGCAGUUAGUAGGCUCAACGGUCCUCUACCCGCGUACCACCCCCAGUUACUUUCACAAUGCGUCUUGGCUGGCAAGUUGCUACUGGUGCAGCGCAUCCUGAUUAGGCUUUACACUACACUUAAGUUUUGGAUCGAAGGCGAAGAGCUUGAUAGCUCGCUGGGAUUCGCACCUGAAGACUUCUCAGAAGCUGAGACUCACAUGACUGCAUCUCGAAAAGAGGUGCAUUCAUCAUACGCCGAUUUCUCCGACGAUAGCGAGCCUGAAGCAGUCACUGAAGAAGUCGCCUCUAGUCUCAAAGAACUCCUGACCACUAAGCGGAUACCGCUCUUGACCAGUCGCGAACAGUUUCGCUUGGCCGACAUCAUCGAGUGUAUUGGUAUGGUAGAGAAGCACCGUCGAUCGAUUGACGAUAAUGCUGGUCGCUUCUUGCUGUUCUUCCGACAACAUGUCCUCAGCGAAACGCACAAGGGGCCCAUCUCGUGGCGCGAGAUUAUCUGGGCGUUCCACUCAGGAAGUCAGGAUAUUCUUGUGGACCUUGUUAGCAGACAUUUUAGCGGGAAGAUGAUGUGGCAGCACGCAAAGGAGUGUGGCGUGUUCAUGUGGAUGUCCGACAUCAACGCAUUGCGCGCCCAAUUCGAGGUCAUUGCUCGAAACGAGUACACGAAAACCGACGAAAAGAACCCCGUCGACUGCGCUCUAUACUACAUGGCCCUCCGGAAGAAGCCAGUUCUAGUCGGUCUUUGGCGAAUGGCUACUUGGUCGAGAGAACAGGGCGCAACUCAUCGACUAUUAUCGAACAACUUCAACGAAGACCGCUGGAAGACCGCUGCUCUUAAGAACGCUUACGCAUUGAUGGGCAGGAGAAGAUUCGAGUAUGCUGCAUCGUUCUUCUUACUUGCAGAUCAUCUACAAGACGCUGUCAGCGUUCUCCAUAAUCAGCUCGGUGACACCCAGCUCGCCAUGGCAGUCGCCCGCGUCUACGGCGGUGAUGACUCGCCCAUCUUACUGGACUUCUUGAGGGAUAAGAUUCUGCCCCAAGCUGCUAGAGAGGGCAAUCGGUGGCUAGCAACAUGGGCAUACUGGCUAUUAAACAAGAAGGACAUGGCCGUUCGCUCGCUGGUCACACCGUUGACAACUCUACUUGAGACCUCCGAACCGCCCAGUUCAGCCGCUAAAUCGUACCUCACCGACGACCCCGCCUUGGUAGUCCUGUACAAGCAACUCCGCGAGAAGUCGCUCCAAACAUUACGUGGAGCCACAAUGAUCGGCAUGCGCGAAGAGUGGGACUUUGUGCUACACACAGCCGGCCUAUACGACCGCAUGGGCUGCGACGUCCUCGCCCUCGAUCUAGUCAAGACGUGGGAAUUCUUACUCCCACCACCGCCCACAAAAGCAACAUCCGGUCGUCCACCGCUAAGCCCCUCGAUGCCGCGUCAAAGCUAUCAAUCGCAAGGCAGAAACCAAUCUGCGACGGACUUUGACUUUGAUCCUAGGAAGCUACUUCGCAGGAGGAGUUCGCUUGUUAUUGCUGAUUUACCGGUUCGAGAACAUGCUCAUAACGAACUGGCGGAAAGUAAGGGGACGCUCGAAGAAAGUAGGGAGAGUGGUGAAGAGGAUGACGAGGAAGAAGGUGAAGAGGACGAAGAGGAUAAGAACGAUGAGAAGCCUAACGAGGAGCCGAAGAAGAAACCGCCGCCGACUCAGUUCAACGAGCCGGAUGCGAAUAGUCUGUUGGAUGCUUUCGGGUUUUAG